AUGGCGUCUGAGAAAAAGGCGCUUUCCCUCAAGGAAAAGUAUCCCGAGAUAUAUGCUCAGAAGGAUAUUGAUCGAAGGGGGUAUAAGCGUGUUGUUCCCAUGGAGAUUUUGUCACUGAGCUUGGGACGUACGGGUACAAUGUCCAUGAAAGCAGCCUACGAGAUUCUCGGCUACCCAACCUACCACUGGGUCUCCAUGAUGGAGAACCCCAAAGACCUAGACCUUUGGACCUCCGCCUUGAUCAGAAAAUACGACGACGACAACAACAACCCAUACACACUGGCCGAAUGGGAUGCUCUCCUCGGCCACGUCUCCGCAGUCACAGACUCCCCUAUCAAUGCUUUUGCCCCUGAACUCAUCAUCGCUUAUCCUCACGCCAAAGUCGUGCUGGUUGAACGCGAUACAGAAAGUUGGUAUAAGAGUUUUGAGAAGAAUGUUAUCAGCUCUUUUGCAGCACCGUUUACGAGACUUGUUGUGAAAUUGGAGCCGGAGUUUAUUGGGAAGAUGGGGAGGAUUGGUGGGUUACUUAUGCGUGGGCAAUGGGAUUCGAAAGACUUUGACGAGUGGCGUGCGAAGGCCAGAGAUGGGUAUGAAGAACACAAUGCUCUGGUCAAAAGACUGGUACCCAGAGAAAGGUUACUGCUAUAUAAGCUGGGGAGUGGAUGGGAGCCUUUGUGUCAGUUCUUGGGGAGGGAUAUACCGGACGUCGAGUUUCCGCAUGUAAACGAGACCGAAGAGUUGCAGGAGCGGGUGUUCUUGAGUCUUAUGCUGGGAUUACGAAGAGCAUGUAUAAGGUCGAUACCCUGGUUGAUACUGUUUGUGGCUGUAGCUUUGGGUCUUUGGAGAUCUCUUGCUUGA